UCUGCCAGCUGGGAGCAAAAUUAAUUCGCCGGCUGGUCGAUCGUCUUCCUUGUAGUGUCCCGUUCCUGUUUUCCGGAUUCUAACUCACAAAAUGUCCUCGUCGGCAGCCAAACUGGUCCAGUACGUGGUGGUGAACGGGGAGAUCGCCAAGAGUUGGCCCAAGGGAGCAGUGAUUGCUCAGUGUUGUCACGCGGUUUCCGCAGUUUCGCACCUGUAUGCCUCCGAUGCGGACACGGUCGAGUACUUUAAGGAUCUGGACAACAUGCACAAGGUGGUGCUGGAGGCACCCGAUGUAAGCAAACUUAACAGCUUGGGCGAAGUGCUGCAGCAGAACGACAUCAAGCAUAAAGUGUGGAUCGAACAGCCGGAAAACAUUCCCACCUGCAUUGCGUUAAAACCCUACCGGAAAGAGGAUGUCCAUAAGUACGUUAAGAAAUUUAAACUUCUCAGUUAGGAGGGUUCGGACGAACAUUGAUGUGAUUGGCUGCGUACGUUCCGUUUUGAGCGAGGUACGAACUGUUUACACUAGCUGUGAAUAAAUAAUGCGAAGCUUCUUGGAAGAAAAUCGACAAAAAACAUAA